GCGGAAGUGCCGCUAUAUAAACCACUCUUGCGGCCAAUAAAUACACAGUUCAUGGCUACUGCCAUUAACCCUUUACUUCCUCUUUCUCCUUCACUCAAACACACCAUUUUUCCUUCUUCAACUCCAUGGAUUUCAUGCAAACCCAUCUCGGGUUCAAUGGCUACUUUAACCAUUCCUCGCUUCAGUCGACAAAGAGGACAGGUUGCAGUCUCAGUCUCCUUCAAUCCUUCCGGAAAUUUUGACCUCUCCUUGUAUGGGGAUGAGGAUGAUUCACCCCAAGCAGAGCCUCCAUUGCCUCCAAGUGAAGGCCGAUUUGAUGUAGUCAUUGAUAAUGAUGCUAUACGCCGGGUUGAUUUAUCCCCAUUUCAGAUUGCUACUGGAAUUACUUCACCUUCAUCAGCCGAAGCAAAAGAGUUUCUUGAAAGAACAAUUGGAUUUACUAUUAAUUAUGCAAGAGAUGAUCCACAUGAUCCACGAGAACUGUCAGAAUUUCCUGAUAUAAGGUUAUGGUUUGUAAGACUUGACGCUACUUAUCCUUGGCUCCCUGUCUUGUUGGACUGGCGAGCUGGAGAAUUAGCGCGUUAUGCAGCCAUGUUAGUCCCGCACCAGAUGAGCAUGAGAAUGGGAGUUGUGUUUAAUCCAGAGGCCCUGGAGUUGUUCAUCAUGAAGAAGGUCUUCAUUGUAUACGCAUGGUUGAAACAGCAAAGCAUUCCAAAGCCUAGACUGAAGACAAGUGACAUGGCUAGGAUGCUUGGAUUUGGGAUCGGAGAUGAGCUGUUUGACUUGAUUGAUGAACAUGCACUUGAUUCAUCAUAAAAUAACCGGGAGCUAGUCCAUAAUUCCAGCUCGCUCUUCCAACAUUGCCUCCACGGUUUUUGGAUUAAGCCUCCUAAGCGAUAUAGCUUUCGAAUUGCCCCAUAAUUUGGGAUUUUAAAUCAAGCCAAACUAAGGAGGGUUUGUUCAACUAUUAGCACAAGGAUUGGAUUUGGCUGCAUUACCCACCUUCUCUGUGGUUGUAUAAUAAAUUUUAACUCUAGAAGAAAGAAAGAUGAAAACAAAAAAUCAGCAAAACUAUAUUAUUGUUAUUUAAAUGUUCGUCACUUUGGUCUACUUCUUAA